AUGCUCUCCUCUCUCGCCACACUUCCCCUGCUGCUGCUGCUGAUGGCCACCGCCGUCGCCCCCGCGCCGGACCUGGCAGCCGUGCCCGCAGAGCAGGCAAGGGCGCUCCUCACCUGGAAAGUCAGCCUUGAUAAUGAAAGCCGGUACACUCUGCGGUCCUGGGAGAACACCUCCGCGCCCUGCAGCUGGCGCGGCAUCAGAUGCACAAUGCACCGGCGCCAGCCAGUGAUCAGUGGCAUCUCCCUGCGGGGGAGGCGGCUGAGAGGUUCGCUGGGGUCGCUCAACUUCUCGGCGCUGGCGACCCAAGCGCACCUUGACCUCUCGCACAACCACCUCGCCGGGAGCAUCCCUCCUGACAUCAAGGCCCUCGUGGAGCUUGAGAAUCUCCUUCUGCAAGGCAACCAGAUAAGAGGCUCAAUCCCACUAGGUCUAACAAACCUCACAAAACUCCCUUCCUUGAUGCUUGAUGAGAAUGAAGUCUCUGGUGAAAUACCAAGGCACAUAGGCAACAUGACCAAUCUCAUGACACUCACCUUGUCAUACAAUCACUUAGUUGGUCAUAUCCCUUCUGAAGUAGGCCACCUAAAGAACUUGGUUACGUUAGAUUUGUCUAGUAAUAAUCUUUUUGGCUCAAUCCCACGCAAUGUAGGUAACUUGACCAAACUCACUACAUUGCUCCUUUUCGAGAACCAACUUUCUGACCAAAUUCCAUUAGAACUUUGUCAUUUGGUCAACUUGAAUGACUUGCGCCUUAGCUUCAACAAGCUGGUAGGUUCCAUCCCAAAUAGCUUAUCAAAUUUGACAAAACUCACUAUCUUGUACCUUGGCAAGAACCAACUUUCUGGGCAAAUUCCACGAGAAUUAGGGUACCUCAUGAACUUGCAGGUUAUGUUUCUUAGUGCAAAUCAACUUUCGGGGAAAAUUCCAAAUGACUUGGGUUACACAAACAAUUUAGAAGUAUUGCUUCUUAGUCACAACACACUCUCAGGUUCCAUCCCAAGGAGUCUAGGGAAUUUGACAAAAGUCACUAGGUUGGAACUUCAAAGGAAUCAAUUUUCUGGUCAAAUUCCACGAGAAUUAGGUUACCUUGUGAACUUAGAAUACUUGAGUCUUAGCAAAAAUACACUCGCAGGGAAUUCAACAAAACUCACUAAAUUGCAGCUUAACGAAAACCAACUUUCUGGUUCAGUUCCUCAAGAAAUUGGCAAUUUAACGAAUCUUGUUCUGUUGGCAAUCGCUUUUAACAACCUCUCUGGUGCCUUUCCAUCUGGUCUUUGUGCGGGAGGUCGGCUACAAUAUUUGUCCGCUACGAACAACAAGUUGGUUGGCCCCUUGCCAUCAAGCUUGCUAAGUUGUACAAGCCUAGUCAGAGUUCGACUUGAGCGUAAUAACCUCGAAGGAGAUAUCACCAGAAUGGGAGCUCAUCCAAAUCUUGACUAUAUUGAUAUCAGUUCAAAUAGACUAUUUGGUAAAUUAUCUCAUCGUUGGGGUGAGUCCCACAAACUUACCAUGCUACGUGCAUCAAACAAUAAUAUAACUGGAGUAAUACCAUCAAGCUUAGGGAAAUUAUCUCAGUUGAGGAAACUUGAUGUUUCAUUAAAUAAGCUUGAAGGACAAAUUCCACCAGAAAUUGGCAAUAUAACAACAUUGUACAAUUUGAGCCUUUAUGGUAACUUGCUCCAGGGAAAAGUGCCACAAGAAAUUGGAUCGCUGAACAAUUUGGAGUAUCUUGAUUUAUCAUCAAACAACCUAACUGGGCAGUUACCAAGAUCAAUUGGAAAUUGUCUUAAGCUUCACUUUCUAAAGUUGAGCCAUAAUCACCUCAAUGGCACCAUUCCUAUCGAGCUAGGGAUUUUGGUAAACCUGCAAGAUCUGUUGGAUCUAAGUGACAAUUCAAUUGAUGGUGCUAUUCCGAGUGUGUUAGGUGGUCUUCAUAUGCUUCAAGCCUUGAAUGUUUCUCACAAUGCACUCAGCGGCAACAUUCAACCGUCAUUUCAGAGCAUGACCAGCCUCCUAUCCAUGGAUGUGUCUUACAACAAAUUAGAAGGGCCAGUGCCACAUACUAGGCUCUUUGAAGAAGCUCCGGUCAGAUGGUUCUGGCAUAAUAAGGAAUUGUGCGGUGUCGUGAAAGGUUUGACCCCUUGUGAUCUUCCUCGAAGUAGUGGACACGGAAAAAAGUCUGGAGCUAUUUUAUUAGCUAUUAUACCCGUUGUUCUAUCCUUUGGGUUUAUCACUGCACUAGCAACAUGGCAAUGCAGAAAGAAGAAACCCAAGGCAGAAAUUGCAAAUGUAGUACAACAAACCAAGAUGUUCGCCAUUUGGAACUUUGAUGGGGAAGAUGUGUAUAGGAAAAUUGUUGAUGCUACAAAUAAUUUCAGUGACACUCAUUGCAUUGGAUCUGGAGGAAGUGGAUAUGUGUACAAAGCUCAGUUAUCAACAGGUGAAUUAUUUGCAGUGAAGAAGAUCCAUAUGGUGGAUGAUGAUGAUCAAUUUAACCGUGAAAUACAUGCUUUGAUGCAUAUUAGACAUCGCAACAUUGUGAAGUUAUUUGGUUACUGCUCCGCAACUCAGGGAAGAUUCCUUGUGUAUGAAUACUUGGACAGAGGAAGCUUAUCAGCAUAUUUGAAGCAUAAGGAAACUGCUCUUGAAUUGGAUUGGACAAGGAGGCUAAAUAUUGCUCGGGAUGUUGCUCUUGCUUUGGCUUACAUGCAUCACGACUGCUUUGCGCCAAUAGUUCACAGAGAUAUAACAAGCAACAACAUUUUGCUUGAUCUGGAAUUUAAAGCCCACAUCUCGGAUUUUGGUCUAGCGAAAGUACUAGAUGUGGAUGCGUCAAACUGCACAAGUCUUGCCGGCACAAAAGGAUAUCUUGCCCCAGAGCUUGCAUACACAACAAGGGUGACAGAGAAGUGUGAUGUUUAUAGCUUCAGAGUGCUCGUUCUAGAGCUGUUCAUGGGACAUCAUCCAGCGGAUCUCCUUUCAUCCAUGGACAACCCCAACAAAACUAUAUUACUUGGGAACUUGCUGGACACCCGUCUCCCACUCCCUGAAGCUGAGACCGCAAGUGAAAUAUUUCAAGUAGUUGCCGUCGCUGUUCGGUGCAUAGAGCCUGAUCCAUCGCACCGUCCAACGAUGCAGCAAGUGAUUAAGGUGUUCUCAACAGCUGAACGAGUUCUACAAUUGCUUCCUCCAAAAUUGAAAGGACACAAGGUUUGGUUACUAUUUCAAAUGCAGAUACUGCACACAAAACAGAACAAUUUUGUGAAGGAACUCGUGCUUCAGAGGCUGGCCCUUGUCAUCGGGAUAAAUGAGAGGAUGAUACCAGUUGUCAAAGAUGCAGCUUCAUUGGCUAUGUUAGACCGUUACAGAAUGCUGGUAUCACAAACAGCAGCUGAAAUGGAAGCAUUCUCAAGGACUGAAGAUUUUCCAAAAAUUGUCGAGGGCUCAAGGCGUAUUCAAGGCCAGUUCGAAUAA